AUGGACAGACACUUGAAGAAGCUGUCGCUGGCUCGCUCCUCGAAGAGCCCCCGGAAGGUCUGCGAGCUGCCUGCGCGUCCGUCUGCUGGGGCACAACAGCACAAACAGAGGGCACGGGAGCAAUGGGAGCAAAUGGCAACUGGUUCUGGCAUCCAAGAUGGCAAGCAUAUUGUUCAUCAGAUUGGGAACACUGGAGAAAUUCAGGAAAACAGCAACACUGAGGAGAAACUCAGAGACGACAACCUUCCUAUAGGAUUUUUUUUGUAUACCCUGUACAUAGACUUCAAGAAGCUGUUAAACAAACCCAAAACAACUGCAAGAAUGGCACCAGCUGAAGGGCAGCGUUUCAGACAGUGCAGCUGUGCCCGGGGGUGCUGCGGGCUCACCAGAGUCACACUCCAGCUUGGUGCGGUUCAGGUCGGCGCCGUCGUCCACGAACUGGCAGAUGGAGAAGAGUCGGCAGCCGCGCUGGCAGGCCUACAAAAUCCACCUGAAUUCCAUGUGGAAGCAGACAAAGCCCUGUUACCUGAUCCUGGCACUGCUCCACCUGCCUGCUGCCUUCCUGUGAAAUCCCAAACACGGGAAUAUUCCACUUUCAUAAGGAGCUUUUCUCUUUCCCAGAGAGUUGUGGUUGUGGAAGACAUAAAACGAUGGAAGUCUAUACUUGAGCUUCCUGGGCAACCCAAAGAGAACCUGAUGGAAGCUUUGGAGGAGCUGAAGAAGAAAAUACCUUCCAAGGAAGUGUUACUUUCCACUAAAAUAGGUCACACGGUGAACAAGAUGCGCAAACACCCCGACCCAGAGGUGUCCAGCCUGGCCAAGGACAUCUUCAGGGAGUGGAAGAGCUUCAUCAAGGAGCACUCCAACAGGCCCUCCAUCGAGGUCAGGAGUGAUCCCAGGACUGAGGCCUUCAGGAAGAACGCUCAGAAGCUGCUCAGUGAAGCCCUGGAACUGGAGAUUGAUCACCCACUGGCUGAAAAUAUUGAGCGCGAAGCUUUUCAUCUCUGCUCCCGCCUCAUUAGCGCUCCGUAUCGCCGGGCCGUGCGAGCCCUUGUCUUCUCAUUAAAGCACAGACCUGAGACCCGAGCAGCAGUCAAGGAUGGCACACUCCCUGUCCCUGCCUUUGUGCAGAGCCACAAAAAGUGAGGAGUUGUGCUUGAUCCCGAGGGAGGACUUGCUGUGCCUAUAUCUCUGUGGAACUGGGAGCCCUGACUGGGUGAUCCCCGGCACUGCUCCACAAACAGGAGAGAAAAACCAGUGAUGGAAUGGGUGCUGUAACUCUGACUUGCUGGAAAUCCAUGUUGCAAGGAAAGUUUCUUGUACUCCUCUGUGUAUUUUCCAUCCUUGCUGACUCACCUGUUUCUCUCUCGUGCCUGUUUGUUGUAGCUCAGUUUAGCUCGAUCCCUGGUGUGGAUCUUCAGGUGUAUUCAGCUGAAUAACCCUUUUAAAGGAGCAGCUCUGUGCUCUGCUGGCUGGAAAUACUGGUAAUUAUGGCUAAUUGGUCCAUGGGAAGAGAUUCCUGGGGGAUAAUUGCAAACUCUAGUUAGCCCUAAAUCAGCCACGUCUGCUGCAGCUGGGCCUGGCCUGUUUUGCCAAGGUGAUUUUCCUUUGCUGCAUUCCAGAGCUGGAUGUAAAAUGGAUUUCAGUGACUUCCAUCCUCUCAAUCAUUGUGAUUUGGGGCAUUUUCUAAAGCCCCAGGGUAAAGGUGCUGUUUAAAGUCUCUGCUGUUCAAGGAGCAGCUUGUUCAGCCUUCCAAACCUCACUCAUGAUGUAAACAUGGUGCUUGUUUUUACUGUAAUGUGAAAAAAAACUUGUCAUGAAUUAUCUAAAUAAAACUAAAUACUCCUUUUAAA